AUCUAUAAUCGCUUCUACACCUGAAACUAGAUAUUUUAGGGGGUUUUUCUGCAAACCCUAAUAGCCAAUACCAAAAAUCAGCCAUGAAUUCAUCUUCCCUAAUUGGCUAAUCUUCGAUCCUCAGGCCCCAGAACUCAUGAAUUUUCGCAGAUGUGUAUACAUAUCGAUUUAUUGUAUGGAUGGUAAAUUUGAAGAUAUUACUGAAGAUUUGUUGAUGUUGCUGCUUUUGGCGAUAAAGUCUAUCUCCCACCUCAAUCUCAAUUGUCUUAUUUUCUAAUUGAAUGGUAAAAAAAAGUUUUACUGAAGAUUUGUUGUUGCUGCUACUUGAAUCGAUGUUCGUUUAUGUCCCACUUCAAGCUUUUUCAACCGGAAGACCAGGAUUCUCGAUUUCUCCUUCUUGCAAUUCAUUUCAAAUAUCUUGCAAACAAGUUGGACCUGAGUCAAAAAUCUCUACCUCUAUCGAUCUGUUGAAGGUGGAUUUGAUAACCCAAUUCCGAGGUACUACUUUUCUGCUCUAUAUCAAACCUCUUCAGCUUUUUCUUGCAAUUAGGGAUCUUAAAUUAUUCAGGUUCCAAUUUUAGAGCUCUAGGUGGCAUCGUAUUAUAGCCUCACCGUCUCCAUAAACUAAUUAGAUUUUAUCUGCUGCUGUAACCAUUACCAAAUCCAUUCUUUUACUCAAUCUAGUUUACUGCGCUUACCUAUUCAAACACUCUACCAAAACUCAGCUUUUCUGGAUAGUAAUCAUCAUGCCUCUCCUAUUAAUUUGUGCACUCACUUAUAAAUGGAACUCAAUCUGUUCAGAUUUAUGCAUCCUUAUAAUCGUUUUUCCUCUAGUUCCCCUGCUUGUAGUUUUCUCUUAUUCUUUUGAUUGUUUGUGUGUUCCUGUAUGUUAUGUUGUUCUAGUUGUUGUGUUUGCCAUGUCUAAUCGUUGGCGAGAUGGAAGUCGUGUUAGGUUCUUUAAUAAUCAUGUUAACAAUUGGGAGCAUAAGCUUGUUGGUGGUUUUUUCACCAGACUAAACAAAAAAUCUUUUGAUGUUAGAUGUGCCUUCAGUUAUAGGUGGUUUAUUGAAGGUGGGUUGUCUGUGAGCAAAUUUAGUCAGUUCUAUUACCUCAUUAAGUUUGAGUUUCUUCAUGAAAUGUUAAGAGUGCUUGAGCAGGGGACUAGAGUCAUCUAUGGUGAUAUUUUCAUGUUACACCCUUGGAACCCAUAUCUGAACCCUGAAACUUUCUCUCUAGAUAGUGAAAACUUUGAAAUCAUAUUGCAUAAUCUUCUUCCUGAACAAACCCAAUACAUACAUCUCAGAAAUAAUACCUCUAUACUAGGAGAGCUUAUCGAUUAUAGCAAUCCAAUAACAUCUCACUCUGGUUACAACAACAUGUAUGUCAAGUUAAGAAUUAAUCUUUAUCAACCUUUAGUUUUUGGUACCCGAGCUCGUAAUGCCGAUGACGAAGUUAAUUCGAUUGUUUUCCAAUUCCUUGAACUUCCGAGACUUUUGUGCAACUACUGCCACAAAUUGGGUCACCUAACUCAACAUUGCAUAGAUAUAUAUCUCCUCACUCAUCGUAGAAGGCAAUCACCACCACCAGUUCAACUUGCAGCUCACCAGAUAUUACAUGCUCCUCCACCUUCACCGGAAGACAAUUACUCAGAAGAAGAGAGAUUUAAUGUGAAUAUAGAUGAACCAGAUCCUGAUUGGAAUGAUUGGAGCCUUGAAGUUCAUCCAUCUCCAAACUCUUCAGGUCAAGAACAAUCUGCACUCUCUUUCUCUGGAGCAGAACAGGCAUAUAGAGGUUACAAUCAAGAGGGCUUCAACUCUUUCAUGGAUUCUAGCUCCGAAUUUAUAUGCUUGGAUGAGAAACAAUCAAAACCACACAGAUCAGGGAAGUGCAAGAAGCAGAUCAGCAAGUACUGGUGAAAAGAAUAUAAAUAUGCACAAUUCAAUUCAACAACCAGCUGAGGUUUCUUCUCAACAACAACGGACGCAACAAAGCCCUGUCAACUUCCUAACUUCAGAUAUUGAAGCGGAUUUUGAGCUAGCCUCUGAUGCGUCUUCAAUCUCUGCAAAUAGUAUAGCUAGGCCUAGACAUAAGAGAGAUAAUCCCGAGCAGUAGGCAUAUCUUCAAUUGUCAGGCAUUGGGACAUCAUCUGCGCCAUACAUAUCAAGAAGAAUGGAUGUUGAGGAGUUGCGUCAAUGGACAUCCUAACUGAAUCCUGCAAAACGAUACAAAACAACAGCAGUUAAACCAUUCACUCUAGACAUAUCGGUCAACAACAAUAGCAGCAGCAGUAGUAACAGAAACCACAACAUCUUCUGAGGUUACCAAUGCAAGUAUUUAAAGUAUGAUAAAGUCCAUCCAUAUCAAUUAUCAAUCAAGUACACAGAAGUGAGGCAACAUAUCUUGGGCCGGUGCAACUCCACCUAUAUCUUUUUACAAAUAUCUUAUUUAUUUUUCUGUGACUAAGAAAUCUUCUUAUGUGUUUCAUCAGCAGCUGACAAUUAUUUUGGUUUCAGUCUAACCUUUGCAGGCUCUGUCAAUUGCAGUUUUUUCUUUUUAGUCACUCUGUAGGUUGCUUAUAAUAGUUUCUAGUUUAUAAAGUUAGUCCAGUGUUAGUCUGUAAAAUAAAUCGAGUCAUCUCUGGUUUCACGGAGUGCUUUUGGGUGUGUAUUAGAAAGAUAAGUGUUGUAUUAAAUAAUAGAGGGUUAUUGGCAGUGUAUUAGAAUCUCUUAGUAGGAUUCUAAUAAUCUUCUAUUAGUUUCUCUGAGUUUAUCCUCUCUUUCGAUAGUGUUGGAUAGAGAACUUUAGUCUUUUUC